AUCAUUCAAGACAGCAAGGUAGCUACAGACAAGUUGAAUACUUGCUUCUUCCAAUGAAAAAACAGAAUGGUACUUUUUAAUCCACCCCCCUUUUGAUUUUUUUUGGAGUACGUUGUUACCUUCAUGCACAAACCUGCCCAUGGUUGCGUUGUUUAACCAAAUUUGUACUUUGACAGGCGCUGUGCGUAUUAUGUAUGUAUACAAUCGCCGGUAGAUGCACGAAACAAAGGUUUGUCUUGACUACUUGAAAAACAUAAUCUCAAGGUUGUUUUGGGUCACGACUUGAUAUCAUAAUCGAUGGGAUUUUGUUAAAUGGAAACCCUUCGAGCUGGUAAAUUUUGUCUGACCAUUUCCUCCAGCAUUUCCAGCGUUUCCUCAGCUCCCCAACCUCCCUCUUUGCAAUCGUAUGCUACCAACACUGAACAGUAUAGGCAUCCGACGUCGAAACUUGAUAGAAAAAUUUACUGGAGAGUCAGUAAAGACUCCUAAACUCCCUGAAGCCGAUAUUAGACAAGGCAGUAGGGGUGUGAUUACUAAAGGAUAGAGUAUAGUCUUGGUUCUCUCAUAAAUAGGACUUCAAUCUGUUCAGCCACCCAUAUGACAUAGUGGAUGUUAAUUUUUAAAGUACCCUCCAAGUAUCCCCGAAAUACAGAUAUGUGCUCCUUGAUGGGAGAAUUCAAACCCGCUCCAUAAUUUAUUUGGGUUUUGUGUUCCUUUGUUUGAGUUACAAUCUUGCAGAAAACUGUGGUGCAUUAUCGGCUUGGCAUGCUAUAGUAUGCGCACUUACAUAUAUGUUGAAUUAAGCUCGAGUCCUUGAUAGUCCUAACUCUACAGCUGUUUUGGGUAACAAUACCUCAUUACAGGAUUGCAGCAGAGACUUUCCGACUCUUUGAAGCUUGCAUUCAAGAAAGAUGUAGGAUGCGACAACUGCAGGACUAAAAAUAGUUUAGGUGUUCUCGUAAAUGUGAUUUGUAUCUUUUCCACUGCCAGCAUGACAUGAUGAAUGUAAUUUUCCAAUUAACGUAUCCUGAACUUUUUUCCAUAAUGAGUUAUAUUAG